AAGGCUUCUGGUUGCUAGGAGAAGUUUUAGAUCUGGGUGGCUUGGUAGAUUUGAUUGGUUUCAGCAAGGAAGGAAGAAUUAACUUCAAGUGUGGUCUGUAUUGAAGAAGAUGAUUAUUCAAGAAAAAGACCCCUUACACUGUUUGGGGCAACUUUGUUAACAUGAGCUUUCUGCUCAACAGGUCUAUCCAGGAAAAUGGAGAACUAAAGAUCGAAAGCAAGAUUGAAGAGAUUGUUGAACCAUUAAGAGAGAAAAUCAGAGAUUUGGAAAAAAGUUUUACCCAGAAAUACCCGCCUGUAAAGUUUUUAUCAGAAAAGGACCGGAAAAGGAUUUUGAUCACUGGAGGUGCAGGCUUUGUGGGCUCCCAUCUAACUGACAAACUCAUGAUGGAUGGCCAUGAGGUGACCGUGGUGGACAACUUCUUCACAGGCAGGAAGAGAAAUGUGGAACACUGGAUUGGCCAUGAGAACUUCGAGCUGAUUAACCAUGAUGUGGUCGAGCCGCUCUACAUAGAAGUUGACCAGAUAUAUCAUCUGGCAUCUCCAGCCUCCCCACCAAACUACAUGUACAACCCCAUCAAGACACUGAAGACUAAUACAAUUGGAACACUAAACAUGUUGGGAUUGGCAAAGCGCGUGGGUGCCCGUCUGCUCUUGGCCUCCACUUCCGAGGUAUAA